GAAGGGCAUCUGGCAUGCAAUAUUCUUCAAAAUGGACUAGGAAACUACAAUAAACCCAAGACAGUAGAAAAAGAGAAAAGAACUCAUUACUUCAAAAUGUAACAUCCCUAAAGGCUAAAGUAUGUAUGAAGUUAUGAACAAAAAAAAUGAAACCUUAAUCUGUCUGCAAAACCCUUAAUUAACUUUCUCAACCCUAAAAAUGGCACUAUAAGAUUACUACUAAACAUCAUGCUUUCAAAUCAAUCCAAGAUGUAAUGCAAAUUGCAGAAUUAAGGAAAUCAAUUGAGGAAAUUGAAAAAGAAGGAAAAAAAAUUACAGCAAGUCCGGCGUAGUGCAACAAGUCCGACGCAGUGCAGCAAGCAGAGAGGGUCCGGCACAGUGCAGCAAGCAGAGAAGGAGUCCGGCACAGGCAGCAAGUCCGGCACAAUGCAGCAAGCAGCAGAGACAAAGUUCAACAAUCAGCAGGAUGAACUCCAGCAGAUCUGCAAGCUGCAGCUAACAGCUUUGACAGUAGCUCCAGGAGCAGAUCUGUAACAGCUCCAGCAACAUAUUUGUAGCAGCUCCAACAGCAGAUUUGCAGUAGAUCUGUAGCAACAAGAAGGGGAGAAGAAGGUUGAAGGUGAGGUGAGACUUGAGAGCUUGAUUGGCCGGCUAAAACAAAGAGUGAGUGAGGGGCUAUCUGCGACGUGAGUGAGGAUUGAGGAGAAAGGGAGGGGAAAUUACCAAAGUUAUGAAAUUAGGUUUGGAAGGGGGAUUAAUUAGGGUUACAAGUUGUAAGGAGGAUGUUGGAUUGGGUUGGCCGGAUGGGUUGGCCGGUUGGGUUCGAUAUUUGGGUUGGGUUUGAUAAAAUUUAAUUUUUAUU